GCGCCGUGCGCCGCCGUCCCCUGCCGACCCAGCUGGCAGCCGAAGUGGCGGCAGAGCCCUCCUCCAGGGGCCAGGAAGUGGGGUCCCGUCCCCAGGACCCCCCUCCCGCUCCCGGCUCCGACGCAGGGCCCCGGUCAACCCGGCCCUUGCCUGGGCACCGCCCCCACGUGGUGGAUGUGUGCCGGGCGCUCCGGUCAAAACCGAGGAACGGGAAGGUUGGAGCCUCCCUGGGUCCUGCCUGCGCAGGCCUGCCUGGCGAGCUGGGACAUGUCUGGCCCCCGAGGACAACCGGUUUGCGAUGGCUGCAGUGGCGGAGGGGCAGGAGCCAGAGCCGUCUGCUGCAGAAGAUGCUGCAAGAGAUGCUACGGAUGCUGUGGCCGUGGGGCCGGGGACGCUCCCUCUCCUGGCCGGGAACCGGCUGAGCCUGGACCUGUACCCCAGGGGCUGCCACCGGCUGCUGCACCUGUGUGCCCAGCAGGUCCCUCAGCUCCUGGAGGUGGAGUUCCUGCAGCUGAGUGGCCACGAAGACCCUCGGCUGCUGGAGGCCACCCUGGCCCAGCUGCCCUGGAGCCUGCCUCACCUCCGCUCCUUGGUUGUCAAAGGCGGGCAACAUCGGGACGCUCAGGGCGCCUGCCUCCGCGGCUCCCUGGCCACGCUGCCUGCCGGCCUGAAUGGCCUAGUCCGCUUGGCCCACCUGGAUCUGAGCUUCAACAGCCUGGAGACGUUGCCGGCCUGUGUCCCGCAGAUGUGUGGCCUGGGGGCCCUUCUGCUCUCUCAUAACUGCCUCUCAGAGCUGCCUGAGGCUCUGGGGGCCCUCUGCGCCCUCACCUUCCUCGCUGUAACCCACAACCGCCUGCAAACGUUGCCCACGGCCCUGGGGUCCCUGUCCACCCUGCAGCGCCUCGACCUCUCUGAGAACCUUCUAGACACUCUGCCCCCUGAGAUUGGAGGCCUGAGCAGCCUUGCUGAGCUCAAUCUGGCCUCCAACCGGCUGCAGAGCCUCCCCGCCUCCCUUGCGGGGCUGCGCUCCUUGCAGCUCCUUGUCCUGCACAGCAACCUCCUGGCUUCAGUGCCUGCUGGCCUGGCCCGCCUCCCGCUGCUCGCCCGCCUGGACCUGAGGGACAACCAGCUCCGGGACGUGCCGCCUGAGCUGCUCGACGCCCCCUUUGUGCGCCUGCAAGGAAACCCUCUGAGUGGGAGCCCCCCCAGCCCCCGCAGUCCCCCAGGGACACCCGUGGUCCCCAAAAUGCCCAGUCUGUUGCUGACCUCAGACCUGGACAGCUUUGCCGUGACCCCCCUGGGCUGCUCGGUGACCCUGACCUGCGGUGUCCGCCUGCGUUUCCCUGCUGGCGCCACCGCGACUCCUGUUACCGUCCGCUAUCGACUGUGGCUGCCGGAGCCACGCCUCGUCCCCCUAGGUCCCCACGACUCUCUGCUCAGUGGCGUCCUGGAGCUGCAGCCCCACGGGGUGGCCUUCCAGCAGGAGGUGGGUCUGUGGCUGCUCUUUGUGCCUCCGCGGGCACGGCGUUGCCGGGAGGUGGUGGUCAGGACCCUGAGUGACAACAGCUGGAGUGACCUGGAAACCCACCUGGAGGAAGAGGCGCCCAAGCGGCUCUGGGCUCACUGCCAGGUGCCUCACUUCUCCUGGUUCCUCGUGGUUUCGCGCCCUGUGUCUGACGCCUGCCUCGUGCCACCAGAGGGGACAUUGCUGUGCUCCUCAGGACAUCCUGGUGUCAAGGUCACAUUCCCCCCUGGGGCCACGGAGGAGCCCCGUCACGUCCGCAUGCAGGUGGUGCGCGUGGGCAGCAGAGAACUGCCGGCCCUGCUGCGGGAGCCUGAGGCGGCCGCCAGCCCCCUGCUGUGCCUCUCACAGAGCGGCCCCCUGAGCUUCCUCCGGCCAGUCACCGUGCAGCUGCCUCUGCCCCCUGGCGUCACAGGCCUGAGCCUGGACCGCUCCUGCCUGCACCUGCUGCACCGGGCCCCGCCCGCAGCCACCUGGGAUGACAUCACGGCGCAGGUGGCGCUGGAGCUCACCCACCUGUACGCUCGCUUCCAGGUCACGCGCUUCUCCUGGUACUGGCUCUGGUACACCACCAAGGCCUGCGUGGGGGGCCUGGCGCGGAAGGCCUGGGAGCGGCUGCGGCUGCACCGCGUCAACCUCAUUGCGCUGCAGAGGCGCCGGGACCCCGAGCAGGUCCUGUUGCAGUGCCUGCCUCGCCACAAGGUGGAUGCCACCCUGCGGCGGCUGCUGGAGCGGUACCGCGGCCCCGAGCCCUCGGACACCGUGGAGGUGUUCGAGGGUGAGAAGUUCUUCGCCGCCUUCGAGAGGGGCAUCGCUGUGGAUGCCGACCGCCCGGACUGCGUGGAGGGCAGGGUGUGUUUCGUCUUCUACUCGCACCUGAAAAACCUGAAGGAGGUGUACGUGACCACCGCCCUGGACCGGCGCGCUCAGGCCGUGCGGGGCCAGGUGUCCUUCUACCGGGGAGAGGUGCCAGCGGAGGUGCCCGAGGAGGCGGAGGCUGCCCGGCAGAGGAGGGGGGCAGACGCCCUGUGGAUGGCCACGCUGCCCAUCAAGCUGCCGAGACUGCGGGGCUCUGAGGAGCCAGCGCAGGGGGCUGGCCUCUCCCUGGCCCCUCUGAACCUGGGCGAUGCUGAGACCGGCUUCCUGACCCAGAGUAACCUGCUGAAUGUGGCCGGACGCCUGGGCCCAGACUGGCCGGCUGUGGCCCUGCACCUGGGCGUGCCCUACCGCCAGCUGCAGCGCAUCCGCCACGAGUUCCGGGACGACCUGGAUGGGCAGAUCCGUCAUAUGCUCUUCUCCUGGGCCGAGCGCCAGGCGGGGCAGCCAGGAGCGGUGGGGCUCCUAGUGCAGGCCCUGGAGCAGAGUGACCGGCGAGACGUGGCAGAAGAGGUGCGGGCUGUUUUGGAGCUUGGCCGCCGCAAGUACCAGGAGGGCAUCCGUCGCACAAGCCUAGCUCCUGGGGACCUCGCUCUGCAUGGCCCUUCAUCAUCGCCGUCCCCGGAGCCGGCUCAGGCCUAGAAGCCACGAUUUGGGGCUGGUCCCUGAUGUGUCCCCCCACCCCCGGCCAGUGGUUAGGCUCCACUUUCAAGCCUUCCCUGCGUUUGGGGACAGUGGCCCCUCUGGGUAACAAACAUGCCCUGUCUGGCUGCUGUCUCAGA